AUUCUUAUUCCGGCACCCGGUUCUCGAUCGAUCCAAGUACCAGGGAAAGUCGACAUGUCAUGUCUUGCAGCUCGACUAUCCAUCGUACCAGGCCAUUCUACUCAUUACACGCAUGACUGGCACAACCGACACCCGAUGAUCGCACCAGCCUGUGCGUCGUCGGCAGCCGCCACACUCAUCACGCCAGACAAACGCUAUCGAUCAGAAAAGUCCUCAGGCCGCGGUUCCGUAUCGGGAUCUAUCGGCAACGAUAACUGCUCGGUCAAGCCAUUUGACACCGGUACGGCACGCAGAGCCCAGCCGACCGACUGCGAGCGAUGCUGCUUGAGUUACGUCGAGAUUCACAUCAUUGGUCUUGGUUCAGCGCCGGACUUGUUGCAUGGUACAGAGACAUGGGCUUGAUGCAUCAUACGGUAGCAGCGCCGCCGUCUCUCCAUAUAGCCUGGAGGGAUGGUGAUUGCUUCUGACUACUGGAGGGCACGGGAAGAGGCGCUAUGGCGCUUGGAGCAGAGGGUUGUCAGAUGCAGGGAAGACACAGGUUCUUCUUGGUCCUGAGCUUUAGUGUACCGACAUCUUGUGGCGUUGGUGUGUCUGUGUCCGUGUCGGGCGGCCAGAUGAUGAUCCGGCCAUGUCAGGUCAACGCUUGGUGGCGCUAUCACUAUCUUUCUACCACUACCCAUGGCCGAGGCCAGCCAAAGCAAGUACGGAAAGGUUACUUUUUGUCU